AUGGACUAUACUGUAUACUCCAGCCUUGCAACCAUCUGUGCUUUUAUCCUUCUGUUCAUCCAUUUUGUGAAAUAUCAAGAGGGCUCGGUUCUAGCAAGUCUGUCUAGUAUUGCUGACUACUGCAGUUAUGGUACUUACACUCCCUUUCUCUUUCUUUCCCUCCCCCCGCACCCAACCUCUCUUUCUCUCUCUAGCGAGAGUCCGUUCAGCGAGCCGGGUGGGGAGGCGGAGCCUGACGGCAGCACAGAGACCCAGACCAGUGAGGAGGGUACGCUCUGACCUCUACACAAUCAACCAGUGUGCUUCUCUCUCAUUCACCAAUGAUAGAGCUGUCUCCAUGGCAACAGCUAGCAUAGAGACCCCCCCCUCUCUCCCCUGUCGCUGUGUGCAGUGUGUGAUUCCCAUUGUAGGGGGGAUGGGGUGCGGUGGGGUGAUGGCUAGCCAAGACUCUUAUGCUCUGAUUUUCACGUCCCCCUCGUUCCUCAUUGGCUGAGGUCGGGGCAAGGUCGAGCCGGGGAGAUGAAUAUUUGACAGGUCCCCCUCGAUCAUACGAUCUGGCUCUUCUCUCCUUUUUCUCUGUCCUCCCCCUUCCAGCCCCUUCUCUCUCUGUUUCUCUCUUUCUCUAUAAGUAUUUUCCUCCCUCCCUCCUCAUCUUUCUUUCUCUCUCUCUAUCCCCCUCUCUCUCUGUCUCUCAGAGGGGGAAGCAGUAGAGGCGGUGGCCAGGUUUGACUAUACGGGCCGGUCGGGGCGGGAGCUCUCCUUUAAGAAGGGAGUGACCCUGCAGCUGUUCCAGCGUGCCUCACAUGACUGGUGGGAGGGGCGACUCAACGGCACCCAUGGCCUGGUGCCUCACCAGUACAUAACACUGAAGGACAGGCAAGUACACGGCUACAGCAUAGCUAGCACAUAGCAUACACACUAAGUAACACAACCAUGCCAAGAGAACGUCUGUAAAAUAUGCCUACAGCGUUAUCCCGUUGUGGAUUGUUAUCAAAUUAACUGUAGAAUGAGGAAUUUACGUGCUCAACUCCCUUUUCAGUGUCAAAGGAACUGCCCAUGAUUCUUUAAACAGUUUUUUGGGGGGAUUGAUGGAUUGAUUGACUGACUGAUUAAAUUGAUUGAUGACCUAAGUUAUUAAUUAAAUUGAUUGGAGUGAACAAUUACUGGCCACUGGUAUUGAUUGACUAAUUUAUCAUUUGUCUGAUUAGUUAGAGUGCCCUGAUUGGUUGGGGAGCAGGUUCUGUUUAGUGCUGAUUGGUUGGUAAGAGGUUCUGUGUGGUGUUUCAGGCCUGACUCUGCAUCAACAGUGGACAGCGACAGUGGGAGCACUAGCAAUGACGACAAGAGAGCCAGAAGGGAGCUGAGCUCUCCUGCUGACAGACAGCCAGAGACCUACAAUAGGUCAGUAGCUAGAUUGCCUGAGACCUACAACAGGUCAGUAGUUAGAUCGCCUGAGACCUACAACAGGUCAGUAGUUAAAUCGCCUGAGACCUACAACAGGUCAGUAGUUAAUAACACACAACAGACCACCACAGACUUAUAACUUGCACAAAGCUAUCAAGCUAAGCUAGCGGUUUGUGGAGUGUAUUGAUUUAGUCAAGCGCUUAUCUUAGCCAACGGUCUAUACUGUACGUCUCUCCACAGCAGCCACCGCAGGAAGCGGACUGACAUUUUCCACCGCCCCCUCGGUCUCUCUAAAGACCAUGGUAACGGGGGUGUGUUGGAGAGGAACUCACCGCCCGUCACUGGUCACUUCAGCCCGCGGGAGCUCCUUCUGGGGCGGGGCACUGGCUUAACCCCGCCUCUCGACAGCCCAGAGCGUCGUCGCCGUUCCACUGCCGUGGUAACGGUUACCGUGAGCCGCCAAGAUACGCUGCGUCGGCCUGAAGACACACCUAUCCGGCGCUCCAGCAGCGGGCAGCACGGCUUCAGCUCCAGAACCCUAGACCCAGACACACUGGCACAGGUACACACUCUCACACAGCAAUUAUACAUAAACAGACAGCUUCUGCACACAUCAUCAAACUACACUUCAUCUUGUAUUUUCUCUCUGCCACUCCCUCUUUCCUCCACCCUGCCUCUUCCCCCUCUCUCUGUAGGACAUAGAUGAAAGUGUGAGUGUGGCUCUGGGGCAGCUGAGGCAGUUGGAGCGUGGGGGCUGCAGGCCGGCUCCUGACGUGGUCCUGGACACACUGGAGCAGGUUAAGAACAGCCCAAUCACAGCCUGCUCCUCCGAGUCGCCCAGCCCCCACAGCACCCCCUCCACCCCAGGGACUCCUGGUACCCCUAGUCCCCUCAGCCCUCUGAGCCCCCUCAUUCCCCUCCCUGGCCCCCCUCCCGCACCCCUCCGAUCCACCAACCCCUCUCCCUGACACCCUGGGCUCCUUCAAGCCCGUAGCGGGAGCUCCACUCCGUAUGGGGGCUCCGCUUCGCCCCCCAGCCCUGAGGCCCAAACCCCUGGUGCCCCCCAAGAGCAACACCCCCCCUCUGCCCCCGCUGCUGGACAAGUCCUGCACCAUGUGA